AAGAUAUAACGCACCGCCCAACGCCUAGACUUCAGUUAGCAAAGGCGAUCCAAGCACUAAGCACGAUGACUUCCGAGGAAUCAACCGGUGACUCCAAGCUCCCCAAAAUCGCCGAACAGGCGGAGCAUUCCGAGACCGAUCUCAGCCAGAAAUCAGAGCCACCAACGCCCACGCCUGCCGAUUUCGAGUCGGCCAUCGAUUCCGCCGGUUUCGGGAUGUUCAACAUACUGUUGCUAAUAUCCGCCGUACCUGCCGCGAUGGGAACCGUGUACGAGACCUCGACAAUGUCCUUCAUCCUGCCCAGUGCCGAGUGCGACCUACAGCUAAGCCUGUUGGACAAGGGAGUACUGAAUGCGAUCACAUAUGCCGGCAUGAUCAGUUCGGCGGUGAUGUGGGGCUACUUUGCGGACACAAAGGGCAGAAAAAAUCUACUAAUUCUCGGAUACGUCGCCGAUACUUUGUGCGUCCUGGGAGGAGCUCUCAGCCAGUCGGUGCUACAGUUGAUGAUCUUCAAAUAUCUGGGAGGUUUCUGCAUGAGUGGACCGUUUGCCGUUUUGAUGACGUAUCUGACGGAACUCCAUGGUAGACAGCAUCGCCAGCGAAUAAUGAUGAUCGUGGGCAUUAUGUUCUCGAUAGCCACUCUAACCCUACCGGGUCUGGCCAUGCUGAUUUUGCCCCAGGAAUGGGAUAUUCAAAUUUGGAACUUAUCGCUUACAUCGUGGCAGGUGUUUGUUGCCAUCACUGCCUUGCCCAGCUUCCUGAGCUCCAUACUCUUCUUUUUCUUUCCCGAGAGCCCCAAGUUUUUGAUGUCCAAGGGACGUAAUGACGAGGCCAUGGCUGCCUUUCAGUUUAUCUAUCAUUUAAAUACCCGCAAACCCAAGGACUCUUUUCCAAUCAAACUGUUGGCCAAUGAAGUGAUAGUUCCGGUUAAAAAACACAAAGAAAACAAACAAGCUGUUGUUGAAAUUAAAAACAAUGAAGUCAAGGAUCAGGAUCCUGAGCAGGCUUCCAAGCCAGCAAAGAAAUCCUCAGGAUUCUCUCAGCUACGUCCCUUGUUCCGUAAACCCUAUUUGGGCCUGUCACUUUGGGUCUACCUUCUCAACUUUUGUGUCCUCUUAGGUCAGAAUACUAUGCGCCUGUGGCUGCCACAACUUUUCGCUUCCAUAAAUGAGUACCAGAACAUAAUGGGGGAUCAGACCGAAUCAACAACUAUUUGCAAUAUUUUGGAGUACAGCGUCAAUCGCACUCAACAACAACUAGCUGCCGCAGCUCUCAAUAACCCCGAUGUGGUGUGCAAAGUUAAUAUAACACCCUCGACCUAUACCAAUAAUUUGAUUGUUGCCGCUGCCGGCUUAGUGGCCUAUAUGGUGGCUGGAUUUUUGGUCAAUCUCGUUGGCGUUAAGCGGAUAAUGACCUUGGGCCUUUUCUGUGCUGGAUGUUUGUCGAUUGGCAUGUAUUGGUCCAAUUCGGCAGUUGUCACGGUCGCCAUAGCCUCGCUAUUUGUGACCAUGGGCAGUAUAUCGGCCACAUCGGUGAUCAGUGCCUCAGUUAAUCUAUUUCCCACUUCCUUAAGAACCAUGAUUGUAUCACUGGAAAUGAUGUUUGGUCGUUUGGGUUCUCUGCUGGGCAAUAUAUUCUUCCCAGCUCUAAUGGGCCUGGGCUGUGUUCCACCCUUCUUUAUGAUUAGUUUGUUUAUGUUUUCUGGCUGUAUAAUGGCCGCCUUCUUGCCGCUGAAAAACAAAGCCGUUCUGAAGUAAACCGACUGCAAUCCCAAAACUUCUGUAUAUAUAUAUCUACUAUUUAAAUUAUUUUUUGUAGUUUGUAGUUUUAGUUCUUUUUUUUUUUCUUUUAAAUAUUGGCAAGCAUGGAAACCGACCAUUGAGUUUCAGGUUCUAUCUUCAGUUUUACUUUAUUUCUUUUAUUUUUUUUUGCUUUGCUUUAAUUAAAAUUUAAUUUAUUUUAGAUUGAAAGUCUUCUAGGAUUAAGCAAUUUGUAUGCAAUUUCAUUUCGACUGUCAAUUACACGAAUCCCUGACCAUCACUUACCAUAAA